CGAAUGUUUACACUGGGUUUACACUAUUUUAAGGAAAAUAGUAUUAUAAAUUUUGAUUUGAACAAUCCAAUACCAUUUCACACCUUAAUAUGUCUGCCGAAGAACGUAACGGCGAUAAUUCUAUCAUUAACUUCCUCAAAACAAAUGUACCCAAAUCGGACCAAGCCAACAUCGAAGCAGAGUUGAAAAAGGACUUUCUUUUAGCUAAAAAGAAGAGUAAACAAAAAAAAAAGCCGCAAAAGAAAGUUAAAACUAAGAAAAUUCGUACUUUAACGAGACGUGAGAAAAAAUGUUUGGGUUUCUAUGAUAUACCAAGACGCAGUGUUAAAUACGAAGAUGUACUUCCUAUGCACAAUAUGUGGAGUGAAUAUGUGAGUCAAAUGCUGGAACUGGACAAGCCGUUGCCGGACUGUACAAGUAAAAGUUGGGAGCAGUUCACACAAACCCUGUACCGGUCAGAUUUCCAUGGCAGCUUACUUCACGUGGUCCGUUCCAAAUGCCCUAGCUACGUCGGCAAAAGCGGCAUAUGUAUUAUGGACACGAGGAACACGUUUAAAAUAGUGUCGAAAGACAAUGUGGUGACUACGGUGCCUAAAUUUUGUUCAGUGUUUGAAAUGCACAUAAGGAAUGUGGCAGUGACAUUGUUUGGAAAGCAUUUGUGUGUGCGGCCAGCAGAGAGGUCAUCUAAGAAAGUGAAGACUCAGUUACAUCCUGAUUUAGUAUAAGAUAUGAAUAUUGUGACUCAGUGUUAUAAAUACUAGGUUUUUAAGAAAUAAACAAGAAUCCCAAUGAUGUUUCAAACACAUUAUAAAAACUAACGCAUGGGUUGACAAACCAUAGCUCAUGAGCCGCAUGCAGUUCUUCCUUGCUUACAGCAUGAUUGCCUAAAACCAUGCAAAAAUUAACACUUGUGUCAAAAACAUAUGCGGCACCUUGAGAUUUCUAUUUUCUAUUGCAAGAAAUGCAGAGCCAUUCAGUUGUUAUAGGAUAGGCUGUUAUUUUUUUACAUAAAAAUAAGAUAGUUUAACAAGCUUGCUCCUGAAUUAGCUCAACUGCGCAUUUAACCAGUACUUGUAUGGAGUGAAAUCAACCCAUACCAGGCGUGGC